UGCUGCGUGCGUAGUCAAUGCGAAUAAACCUAAUGUCGACCGACGUGGAUAGACGAACAGCGAGUAGCACGACGUGCAAAUUAAUAUUGCGCAAAGUUAAAAAUUUAAUUUAUGGUUAUUUAUUUAUACUAUUAAUUAUAUUACAUUAAUAUGUGACACACAAAAAAAUGAUAACGGUUGAAGAUCUGCAAUUUGCAGCAAAAAUGAAUAUAUUAUAAACACUUGCAGUAUCCUUUUUGAAUCAGCUGUCAUAAGCAGACGAUACACAGUAUCUAAUGCUAUUUGUUUGACUAUAAGGUCAUGGAAUUAAUUGAAACUAGUGUACAAAUAAGAGAUUGUUCUAUAGACUUUAUUCCUGUUUACAUUAAACAAGAGAAUGAUGAACAUGAAACAGAUUUCAAUGAUAUUGAAAUAAUCAAUGCAGCUCAAAAUUUCUGUGCUAUUGAAAUUAAAGAAAGCAAAGGAUAUACAAUUAAUAACAAUGAAGAAUCAAUUGUAAAUAGUGAAAAUUGUACACAAAAUACAAAUAAUUUAAACAAUUCGAAUUCAACAUCAAAUAUUAUACGACAAAAUGAAAGUUGUAAUAUAAAUGGUAUUUUAAAUAGUUCAGUAUAUUUGCAAAAUUUAGAUUAUGAAAAUAUAAAUAUAGAAAUACAAAAACCAACAAAUCAAAUAGGUGAUAUUUUUAUUGAUCAAAAUGAGCAAAUACAAACAAGCAAUUAUAAUAUUUCAACAGUUACUAUAUCAAGUGAUCUUUUAGGACUAAAUCUUAAUAUAAAAAAGGAAAAUGAACUAGAUCAGGACACAGUUUACAAUACAGAAUGGUUAUGCAAUGUGAAUAAUGAAACUGAUAUUCGAUUGAAAGUUUCAAAAAAUACCAAAGACAAAAUUCAAGAGGUUCCUACUAAUAUUAAUGAUACGAUAACAUUAUUGACAAAACAUAAAGAUCAAUUAUCAGAAAAUGAUAAUAAUUUGAAAAUUAAGGAAACUAAAUCUGAGAAACUUAAAAAACAAUUAAAAAUAAAAUCAAAUUCUUUACAAGAUUAUAAAGAGAAGUUGCGAAGAAAAGCAGAGUGUAUGAGAGAAAAAAGAAAAAAAUUGUAUGAGCAAGAAACUGAAGAACAACGUCAACAAAGAUUAGCAAAAGAAGCAGCAAAAAGAAGAGAAAUGAGAAUGUACUAUGAAACACCCGAACAAAGAAGAAAAAGAUUAGAUGCAGAAGCUGCAAGAAAAAGAGAGUACAGAAUGUAUAAUGAAACACCUGAAGACAGAAGGAAAAGGUUAGAUCGUGAAGCAGAAAGAAGAAGAAUGAAAAGGCUUUCGUUAUAUGCUAGUGAAACUCCUGAACAAAGAAGAGAGAGAUUAAAUAGAGAAUCAGCAAAAAGAAGAGAAGCUAGACUUAAUCAAUAUGCUAAAGAAACGCAAGAAGAAAGAAAAGAGAGAUUAAAGAGGGAUGCUUUAAGAGUUAGAGAAAUGAGAUUUACUAGAUCUGCUAUUGAAACAGAAGAGGAGCGUAAACAAAGGUUAGUAAAAGAUGCUCUUCGAAAAAGGGAGGUAAGAAUGCAUGGACGUCAUUCAGUGAAUAAUAAUUUCACUGAACUCCAAACUGUUCGAAAUUUUGAAGAAUUAAACAAUGUUCAGAUAAAGGAGAAUCCUGAUAAUCAAUUGGGAGGUCAUUACUUGAGUAACUGGAUGAUGUGGUUCCAAAAUUCGUUAGUCCAACCUGUUCAUGUUGGAGAACAAAUCAUCAAAUCUCAAUCAGAAAAUAAUGGAUAAAAAAUUUCUAUGAUAAAUUUUUAACAUUGUAUAUAUUAUUUCAUCAUAAGAAUACAUGGAACAAAAUACUAUUUCAAUAGUGUAUAAAAAUUUGUAUAUAUUAUUUAUAUAAUAUUUAUGCUUGUAAUAGCAAUUGUAAUAACAAAAUAUUCUAUAAUCAUUGCAUCAACAUAAUGUUUAUCAUGUUUCACAUAUUGAAUAAUAAUUUUUCUACACUGUGCAGUUUUAUUCAUAUUUAUAUAUUUUACAAUUAAAUAUAAUUAUUUUAUUAUAUAUUGUUAAGAAUUGCCAUGUAAAAAAACUUGUUAUUUAAUAUAUUUAUUAAUAUAGAAGAAAAUUUAAUAAGUAAUAUAUAAUAUAAAUAUUUGAAAUAUUUAAUAUUAUUGAAUUUUGUAUUAUAAUAAUUAAAAAGUAUUUAAAAGUUUUUUGCUACUUUGAAAAAUGUAUAAUAAAAUUAUUAUAAUGUUACUAAUAUUAUUUGAUAUAAAUAAGAAAAAAAAGGCAUUAAAAUUGUAGAAAAUUAGAAUUAUACAUUAUGGAAUCAUCUUGUACAUCUUAAUAGUGCCUUUUUGUUCACUGUUCUACAAAAGCAAUUUCUAAUGUGAUUUAAACAAUUUAUACAUGUGUAUAUAUAUAUAUAUCAUUUGAAUAUGAAUAAUACAUUUCUUAAAAUAUAUGUAAUAAUGUAUGUAUAUAUGUAAUAAUGUACAUUGCCAUGUAAUUUUUCUUACAGUUCCUUUAUAUGGAAUAAAAUAAAUAAUAUGUUAUCAUA